AUGUUGAGGAGUGUGUCGGAAUUCAUGCGCGAUGCCGCCUUGACCGUCAAAUCGGGUUCAUGGAUAAAGCAAAAACAAUUUCGCUUCGUUGUCGGGAACGAAGCGUGUGAUUUGGAUUCAGCCGUUUGUGCGGUUGCGAGAGGACUUUUAUUGGCUGACGUGCUUGAAGGCAGCUCUGUGGAAAAACGUGUCUGCGCUGCUCCGGUUCUUAAUAUUCCGAGGAGCGAAUUAUGCUUGAAAACUGAAGUUGUUUUCUGGUUUCAAGACAAUGGGAUCGAGCCAGACUCCUUCAUUUGUUGGUAA